GCUGGAACGUCGACGCGCAGGGCGUAUGUUACGUUUGCGCUGACUGUUGUCAGUCUCCUUUGGAGCUCCGCUUCCUUCAGAGAUAUGACAGGCGAUGUCGCCAACGCAGCCCUUGAGCUGACCAAGAACGCCACCGCGCUUGCUCAAGAGGUUGCAUCGCAGGACAUGCCCGCCGCUGCGGAGAAUCACGCCUCCUCGAUCCUAGUUCGCCUUCUUGUCACCGCUGUCGCCCUUGCCGGACUCUGGCACAUAGCCUUCGUCGGCACGCAUUUCUCGCAACUUGGCUACUUCCCUUCGCCACACGACGCUCGAUGCGCACUCACCCGUGGAGGAGAACGUUGCACCUGUGCAACAUCCGAUGGGCGUCAUGCUGGUGUGAGCGCUUUCACUUUGCCUGUGUGCUCGUCCUCGUUGAUGUGUGUGUGUGUGGACAGGCGUCCCCGGAGUCCAUGGUUUGAUAUUCGUUUCUUAUCUCUUGCCAGAUCGUCCCACCGGACAUUGCAGCUAACAUAAGACGUCCUUCGCAGAAUGCCGGUGUUCUUGACACGUCGAUACUUCAGAUCGUUCAAGGAUAGGCCGUAUGUAUCUUAUUUACAUGCGAGAAAUCUCGCUGCGUUGUGAGUUGCCAUAUGAUCGUUUUCGGCUUCUCUCU